UUUUCCCUCUGGCUUUGCAGUCCUAGGAAGAGGAGGAGAAGGAUGCUUGGUUAUACUUGCAGGAUUGUGGGUAGAUUUUCCCGACUUUAGUAUACCUUGAAGAUGGACUCUGCUGUCAGUGCCACAAUCUAAAAUUUUCUUUGGCUUUACUUGUUGCUGAGCUUCAGUAAUGAUGCAGCAAGCUUUAGAACUUGCACUGGAUCGUGCAGAGUAUAUUAUUGAAAGUGCACGCCAGAGGCCUCCCAAACGAAAAUAUUUAUCUGGUGGAAGAAAGUCUCUGUUUCAAAAAUUGUAUGAACUGUAUCUAGAAGAAUGUGAUAAGGAACCUGAAAUAAAGCAGAAGCUGAGACGAAAUGUGAACUUGUUGGAGAAGUUAAGUAUGCAAGAAACAUUAUCAUGCCUUGUGGUGAACCUGUAUCCUGGAAACGAAGGAUAUUCACUGAUGCUCCGAGGAAAAAAUGGCUCAGAUUCAGAAACUUUGCGGUUACCCUAUGAAGAAGGAGAAUUGCUUGAAUUUUUGGAUGCAGAAGAGCUCCCUCCUAUUUUAGUUGACCUCCUAGAAAAAUCUCAGAUCAACAUUUUUCACUGCGGAUGUGUGAUAACAGAAAUACGUGAUUAUAGACAGUCUGGUAAUCAGAAAUCUUCAACUUACCAAACCAAACAUAUUCUUUUACGUCCAACAAUGCAGACUUUGGUUUGUGAUGUGCAUUCCAUUACAAGUGACAACCACAAAUGGACCCAGGAAGACAAACUCCUGCUAGAAAGCCAGCUUAUACUAGCUACCGCUGAACCUCUGUGUCUCGAUCCAUCAAUUGCUGUAACCUGCACAGCAAACAGACUUCUUUAUAACAAGCAGAAGAUGAAUACUCGCCCAUUGAAACGGUGCUUCAAGAGAUCUUCCAGGCCAUGUUUCAGUCGCCAGCAGGAAAUGUCUCAUUGCCCACCUCCACCGCAGCUCAGGUUGUUUGAUUAUUUGCAAAAAAGAAGGGAAAGGAAAGGAUCCCAGCAGUAUGACCUCAAAAUUUCCAAAGCUGGAAAUUGUGUAGAUAUGUGGAAACGGAAUCCUUGCUAUUUGACUGCACCUUCUGAUGUAGAUGUGGAAAAAUAUGCUAAAGUAGAAAAAUCCAUCAAACCUGAUGACUCACAGCCAAGGGUCUGGCCAGCUCAUGAAAUAAAAGAUGAUUAUAUCUUUGAGUCUGAAAAUGGAAAUCAUCCUCAGAAAACAAAACUGACCAUUUUUCAGUCCAUGGGAAAUCCAUUAUACUAUGGUAAAAUACAAAUGAUAAAAAGUGAUGAAGAUAGUGAGAGCCCAGUCACUGCAUCACAUUUUCUUAUUGGCUCAAAAUCAGAAGCAGAACGAGUGGUCAGCCAAUACCAGGAUCUAGUUCAAAACGAAGCAAAAUGUCCUGUGAAGAUGCUUCAUAACGCAGGUGGAUCCAUCCAUCUGAGUCAGCUUUCUCCUGGGAAAGAAAUUGAACAGCCUGAGAGCGUAGCAGGUUAUAUACAGUCUUCCGUACUGGGGAAAGGAGUGAAACACCGGCCACCUCCCAUCAAAUUACCUUCAGGUUCAGGAAGUAGCUCUUCAGGUAAUAUGUUUAGUCCUCAGCAGCCAAGUGGCCACCUCAAAUCCCCAACCCCUCCUCCCCCUCCCCUCAAGCCUCCCACGGGGUCUCGGAAGCAGUCUUUGGAUCUGAACCAGCUGAGCAUGCUCUCUCCUGCCGCCAUGUCUCCUGCCAGCUCUUCACAAAGGUCUGGAACUCCUAAACCAUCUACUCCUACUCCAACCAACACCCUUUCAUCGACCCCACACCCUCCUGAUGCUCAGAGCUCAACUCUGAUUGCCCAUUCUGCUACCCCUACUCCCCAAGAUUCAGGCUUCGCCCCUCAGCCCACUUUGCUAACCCCGUUUGCUCAGCAGCAAGCAUCUCUGAGCCAGGCACUGCCUGUAAUGACCGUUCCUCUUUCCACCAUGGUAACCUCCGUUACUACAGGAGCCUCUUCCACCCAGGUCAUGACCAGUACUUCAGGACUUAACUUCAUCAAUGUAGUGGGCUCUGUGUGUGGAGCACAGACGUUGAUGAGUGGCUCAAACCCUAUGCUGGGAUGCAGUACUGGUGCAAUGACCCCUGCAGGCUUAAAUCUAAGCACCCUUUUACCCUCUGGAGGUCUGGUGCCAAGUGCUUUGCCCGCUCCAACACAGCCCUCCUCCUCCUCUCAACCAGCAGGUGGCCCUUUUGGGUUGAAAAAUGCUCCAGGCCUUCGCUCUUUGAAUCUGCUCCAGCUUCCAGGCGGGUCACUGAUUUUCAACUCUCUGCAGCAGCAGCAGCAGCUCUCACAGUUCUCAUCUCAGCAGCCUGCAACGACUAGUCCUCAGCAACAGGGAGAUCAAGUAGGCAUACCUGUUGAAAAUCACUCAGUAAAAACAUAGGAGCUGUGGGACCAUGCAUGUCCUCGUGUGGUCCUCCUUGCAGCAUCCUGCAGUACAGAGUGGAUUGUUUACUUGUUUGUGGUGCUGCACAUGGAAAGGACUUGGAAUAAUCGCCACUCAGGUCUUCAGGAAUUGACACUAAUUGGGAGCCAUGUGGAAGAACACACACAUAGCUGCCUUUUAUUUCAUCAGACUAUUGAUUCAAUGUUAAGCUGUUCUAACCAGCAGUAGCUCUCAGAAAGAGGUUUUCCCCACUUCUUAGAACCUUCCUGAAGAGCAGAUGCCAUAUAUUGAACCUGGGAGUCUCUUCGUGCAAAGCACUGCCAUUGAGCUUAUCAGUUGAACCCCAUUGGCUUGGCUUGACUUGCUUCCCUCCUGUCCAGCAGACACUUUCACAACUGCAGCCCAAGCCUUGUGACUGCAUUUAUCCUUCAUGAGUGACUUAAUGCGCCAGAGUUCUUCCCAUUUUACGUGGGUUUCUAAAUGAAAAGAUAAUUCAUUCUGUUAUUAUGAAGAACAAGAUAAAAGUGUCAUGCAUCAUCGUGGGUAUGGGUUUGGCCACUUUCUUGAGUUCUCCCCACAAACUCAACGGAUGUUUUGCAAAAUUAUGGGAAGAAUGUAGCCUGAAAUUGAUUAGGCACCAAUUCCAAAUGCAUUUAUGGAAAAUGUCUGUUUUAUUGACAUAAUAAUACAGUGACUGUUUUGGCAAACAAUGACCGGAAUGUAAAAGAGUGGUUCCUGUGACAAACAAGUCUUCUGACAGAGGCAAUUCCCUUUUCCUUAUGGCAGCACCUCAUACACUCCUGCAACCUUCUUGAGAGGCCUGGACAAGCAUCUAGAGAGCCAGGGUUUUGGAUAGUCUAGAGGAUUGUAGGGGUGGUGGUGAGAAAAUGCUCUCAUAUUUGAAGUUGAAAUUGCUUCUAGCCUAGUGCUACUGGAUGAUGUUCUCUAAAUCCCUCACAAUAUUAUGUUCAUUCACAGUUGCUGGAGUUGGAUGUAUCUCACAUGGGUGGAGAUUUGUGCCUUCUUUGGUCCUGCUCAAGGGAAUGCAUGCUUUGAUUCCCUUAUGCAUGUGGAUGCAGUGAUCUAAAAAGAGAGACUGUUUGGAAUCUUGUCACUCUCAUAAGUGCAGGAAUGUGAAAGUUCAACAGCAGUUGGAAGGAAUGUUAAACCAAAAUCUAUAGUUAUCCAUGCCUGUGUAACGUGCCUUGUGUAAUUAAAAUAAUUGUUAACUUAGAAAGAUAAUUUCCAGCAUUCAUUUAAAGCAUACUCAUACAAUUCUAUUCAACCGUUGAUCUUCAGUCUACACAAAAUAGUCACUGGCUUUAGUCUGUGCCUUCAUUUUGAAGACUAUUCUUCACUUGUAGUCAAUAUAACACUGUCCCAGAAUGUGACAGAAAGCUAUUUAGAAGAGGAGAUAGUGAAUAUAGCAUGUAGGAAAAAGACUGACAUGCCUGUUCCCACAUGGUUCUAUCAAGCGUGAAUAUAACACAUUAUCCCAGUAAUUUGCGAGGAGGGGCGGUCAUUUGACCUGAAGAGAUGUACAAAUGCUAGCUUAAUAAGUAUCAAAGAAAAGAUUGCCCCAUAAAAGUCCUGCUCCCUAUGAAAUUGGACAAAUUAAUCUGACAUGAAAAUAGCCCUGCCCAGUGAGAGGCAUCAGUACCAACUCUGAAAGAGAAAGGGUUUAUAGGUAACAGUUUUCUUUCUGCUCAUGGGGAGACAGCUGGUUGUGAUAGUCUAAAAUGCUUUAUUCAGGAAAAGAACAGUAUUUUAAAAAUUGGAUUAUAACUUGAUGACACAAUUCUUCGUAUUUUUUUCCUGUUAGACAGUCGUAUUAGUUGUACAUCUUAAUGAAAUUUAAUACAUAAAAUGAAAAAGACGAGAAGCAGAGCCAAGGUGUACAAAACAUGUUGUUACAUCCCACCGUGUCACCUCAAUGAAUGAAUGACUUUCAACAUGAAAUGUUGUUAUGUGUCAUCAGACUGCCUCUGACUUACGAUGAUCCUGUG